AUGUUUUACUUUGUGUGCGUAAUAUCGGGAAAAGUAACGGUAAAACAAAAAAGACCAAAUUGGUUGGCAGGAUUUGAGUCUAAGACUUACCCACAACCUGAAGAGAUGGCUCAGAUUGCCCGCAUUCGUUGGCCAAGAGAUGUGCGGCGCGACAAUGUUCGUGCUAUGUUAGACAGUACGAAGCCAGUAUUAAUUGCGACACAGCACUUAGAUGCCGGUACAGAUGGUGAAAUUAGGGAAGCCCAGGAACAGUUUUUAUCUGCCACAUGGACGCGAUAUCUGUCACAGGCGUUUGGUCGCGCUUUUUAUGAAUUUAGAACUGUAUUACCAAAUCCAACAGAACCACUGUAUGUGCCCGAUUUAUGCUUAUCAGCGAGAAUUUAUCCUUCUAAUCUUACAUACGAUCUCACAGUGACAGAGCCCUUGAAACAAAUGAAGGAAUGGGGGGAGUUUUACAAUGGUGUCGCUGCUGGAUUACGUGUUGUCGGUGCUGAUAUCACCAAAGUGGAUCAUGAAUGGCUAACGUUGUGCCAUAGCAAUGAUAAGGUAGAGACUGAUGUAGAUAUAAUUCUAUUUUUUAUUUUCUGCUUGAUCUCCGUCCAGUACAGGAGUUGAAU